AUGGAUUUCAAGAGCUCCAAUUGUUCGGUGAUCGCGCUUGUUUCUUGCUUGAUUUUAUCUCUUUCAGUCUCGGCCUUGGCCAAACGACCACCAUCCUGUCCACUGAAAGUAGGUUACUAUUACCAUACUUGUCCCAGUGCUGAAGCCAUUGUGAGAAAUGUUGUGUACAAAGCCGUUUCCCGUAAUCCAGGCAUAGCUGCUGGCCUCAUCAGGCUACAUUUUCAUGACUGCUUCGUGAGGGGAUGUGAUGCAUCUGUGCUAUUGGAUGGGCCGAAUUCAGAAAAGGAAAGCAUAGCAAACAAAAACAGUUUACGAGGCUUUGAGGUGAUUGAUGCAGCUAAAAAGCAGCUCGAGGCUGCAUGCCCUGGAACAGUGUCGUGUGCAGACAUUCUUGCCUUUGCUGCUCGCGACAGUUCCAACAAAGUCGGGAAAAUAAGCUAUGAUGUCCAAGCAGGACGUCGUGAUGGGCGUGUUUCCAUCAAGGACGAGGCCUUGGCCAAUCUUCCCUCUCCGUUUGUCGGUGUCAAGGAACUAAUCAAGAACUUUGCAAGAAAAGGGAUGUCAGCUGAUGAAAUGGUGACCCUCUCUGGUGCACAUUCUAUUGGUAUUGCUCACUGUGCUGUUUUCGCGAGCCGAUUAUACCCUCAAAACAAGCAACAAAAUCUGCCAAUUGAUCCCGAAUACGCAAGGAUGUUAAAGUCCAUUUGUCCACCAGAAGCACUUACAAAUGGAACAGGAGUAGCUAAUCCUGCUAAUCUUGAUGUUCUAACACCAAACAAAUUGGAUAACAGAUACUACAUGGAUUUGAAGAGUAAGAAGGGACUUUUAGUUUCUGAUCAAACAUUGAUGAGUGAUCCUAAAACCGCUAAAAUGGUGAACUUUAACGCGAGGUAUGGUCGCGUGUGGGGUAAGAAAUAUGCGGAGGCUAUGGUGCAUAUGGGUACUUUGGACGUCCUCACGGGGCGGAAGGGUGAGAUCCGGAAAAACUGCCAUUUUGUGAACUAA